ACUACUUACGGGCAAUUUUGACAUAUUUAUAAACAUUUCUUGUACUUCACUUUGGUUUAGUCUUUUUUAUCUUAAUUACAUCCAACCAGCUAGACCUAUUUUUUUUACGUCUCCUUCGCCACUCCGCCCCCCGGCCCCCCCUCUCUCUCCUCUUUGUCCCUCCUUCCUCCGCCAACGCCUAUCUCCAAGACGUAAGCUUCAUUCUGAUCUGCUCUUGUAUGACUUCUCCUCCGAUCAUAGAUUCGAUGAUGGAUUCAGCUACUCUGGCUCAGAACACCCUACUCGAUUCCAAGACCGAUUCUCAGAGAACUCUAGACCCCUAUGUGACUGGCACUUCCGUGGUUGGAAUUAAAUACAAGGAUGGUGUACUGCUGGCUGCUGAUAUGGGAGGGUCCUAUGGGUCCACGUUGCGUUACAAGAGUGUGGAGCGAUUGAAGCCUGUUGGGAAACACUCUAUUGUUGGUGGAAGCGGUGAGAUUAGCGAUUUCCAAGAGAUCAUGCGCUACCUUGAUGAGCUUAUCAUAUAUGACAAUAUGUGGGACGACGGAAACUCAUUUGGUCCCAAGGAAGUUCACAAUUAUCUUACCCGUGUUAUGUAUAACCGGCGCAAUAAAUUUGAUCCUCUUUGGAAUUCCCUUGUCCUAGGAGGUGUGAAGAAGGGGCAGAAGUAUCUUGGAACGGUAAAUAUGAUUGGUGUGCACUAUGAGGACGACCAUGUGGCUACUGGAUUUGGGAAUCACCUUGCUCGACCCAUUCUGCGUGAAGAAUGGAAUGAGAACAUGAGUUUUGAAGAAGGUGUCAAGUUGUUGGAGAAGUGCAUGCGUGUGCUUCUCUACCGUGAUAGGUCUGCCGUGAACAAGAUUCAGAUUGUGAAACUCACGGAGGAGGGUGCGACAUCAUAUCCACCGUACUCAUUAAAGACGUACUGGGGUUUCUCGGCUUUCGAGAACCCAACAUCUGGUGCCGAAGGCUCUUGGUAGUGAGACGACAUAUGGCUCCCAGGACGCACAAAUAAAUUGAACUUGGUUUUAUCUUUCUUGUUUUGCUGUGUUUUGAAAGGAGUGAAUGCAUAUUGUGGGUUGUGACUUAAUUAUCUCCCCCUCACCCAAAUUUGCUAAAUCCAAUUAUUAAAAGAAUAGUACUCCCUCUGGAGUGACUUAAAUCUACUCCCUUUCUUCGGAAUUAAUUGUCCACUUUUUA